UUUUUUUUUUUGUUUCUUUUUAAUUACGCAAACUGAUACCUAUAUAUAACUUAAACAGGCAACUUCAACAUUCACAUACAUAUAUAUAUAUAUAUUUCUAUAGAACAUACUAAUGGAACAUCCUCCACCCAUCUUGAAAAAGUUUCUUCAUCUAUUCAAAAAGUCUCGAGAUCAUCACCCUAUCGACAAAACCUCUAGUCAAGAAUCUGAAUAUCCUCCCGAACUUGAAAGACAAUACAAAGUGACAAAAAAAGUGUUAGGUGUAGGCUCAUUUGCAACUGUGAAGGAAUGUAUUCAUCGGUCGUCAGGUCAAUCUUUUGCACUCAAGAUCAUUUUAAAGAAGGCCAUUGAAGGAAAAGAAAAUAUGUUACAUAGUGAACUAGAUAUUUUGAAACAAGUACGACAUCAACAUAUUGUAUCUAUGCAUGCAUUAUAUGACAGCAAAACAACCGUUUACAUAAUUACUGAUCUAGCUGCAGGUGGUGAACUUUUUCAACAACUCUUAUCCAAAGGUCAUUAUACUGAAAAAGAUGCGUCUCAUUUGGUAUCUCAAGUUUUAGAAGGUCUAUCUUAUUUACAUGAUCACGAUAUCAUUCAUCGCGAUCUCAAACCUGAAAACUUAUUAUUCCAAACAACCGCAGAAGACGCCAAUCUAAUGAUUACGGAUUUUGGAUUAUCUAAGAUUCUUAGAAGUCAAGAUGAUAUAUUGAUGACUUCCUGUGGCACUCCUGGGUAUGUUGCACCUGAAGUCUUAAAGCAACAUGGUUAUGGAAAGCCUGUGGAUUUGUGGAGUCUUGGUGUGAUCACGUACAUCCUUCUCGUCGGUUAUACUCCUUUUUAUGGUGCAGAUCAAUCGGAACUCUUUUCCAGUAUCAUGAAAGGCGAAUAUAGUUAUGAGGAAGAAUACUGGAGCCAUAUCUCAGAUAGUGCGAAGGAUUUUAUUGAUGGACUUUUGGCAUACAAACCAGAACAACGAUUAACAGCAGAACAAGCAUUACAACAUCCUUGGAUUGUGAAUUCUUUGAACAACGACACUAGGCAUACCACUAACCUUAUCACCAACGUUCGACGUGGUUUCAGUAGCCAUCCAUCCUUCCGAUCAGCCAUGGACACACUAGCAUGGAACGAUAUUGAUGGCGAUGAUGAUGGUGAUCAUACCGAUUGUAGUAAUCAUCAUUCUAAAAAGAAGGAGAAAACCGUAUCUUCAAAAACAACAGCCGAUCUGGAUAUAGGGAAGCGACCGAAACGGAAAAGUCUACUUGGAAAACAUCUCAAACUGGUGGUUGGAAAUAACGUUGGAUGAUUCCCCAUUUUUUUUAGUUUAUUUUUAUAAUCUAUAGCAAAAUACCUGCAUGUCUGUCUCACUUCUCUCUCUCUCUCUCUCUCUCUAUUAUAUAUAUAAUAUUACAUACCAUACUAUUCUUA